GAUUAUCAGCAAAUGUCGUAUCUUACGUGUGUGUAAUUUUCUAUGAAUAUAAUUUAAGGUUGGAGCCAAGUGAAAUUCAAUUUUCUUUUUUUUUGGAAGAUCACACAAGUAACGUUAAGGAAUUAAUUAUAGACGAUAUAAAAGUUAAAUAAAGAGUGUAUUAAAGUUUGUGAGUUAGUAAAAGAAAAAAAUUUCGUGAUGUGGUUCAUGAGACAGUUUAAGAUAAUACUUUUGUGACUUGCGUCGAAAAGCAGACGAGUGGCAAUGUAGUUCGAAAAAAAAAAUAAUAAUAAAUAAAAAUAAAUAAAUAAAUAAAUAUAGGCAACAAUAUUAAUGAGAAUUAUAAAAAAGAGACAAGUUCAUCUUUUCAAUUCUCGCAUGAAAUGGCUUAUCAAAGUUUACGGCAGGAAUAUCUGCAUAUGCCUGUCGUCACAAGGGCUUACACGACUGCAUGUGUCAUCACUACUCUCGCAGUUCAAUUGGACCUAGUGUCUCCAUUCCAACUUUAUUUCAAUCCAAUUUUAAUAAUCAAGCGAUAUCAGCUAUGGCGGUUAAUAACGACAUUCCUAUUUUUUGGAACUAUUGGAUUCAAUUUUGUCUUCAAUAUGAUAUUUACGUACAAAUAUUGUCGAAUGUUGGAAGAAGGUUCUUUCCGAGGAAGGACGGCUGAUUUUGUGAUGAUGUUCCUUUUUGGAGGCGUGUGUAUGAUUUUCUUGGCAUUUUUUGUUAAUUUAUUAUUUUUGGGACAUGCGUUUACGAUAAUGUUAGUGUACGUCUGGUCAAGACGAACGCCAUUUGUGCGAAUGAACUUUUUUGGAAUUCUCAAUUUUCAGGCUCCCUAUUUGCCUUGGGUGCUUUUGGGAUUCUCAGUUUUACUAGGUAAUGCCAUUUGGGUCGAUCUUAUUGGUAUAGCAGUAGGACAUAUAUAUUAUUUUACCGAGGACGUAUUUCCUCGACUACGAGGAGGAUUCCGCAUUCUUAAGACUCCACAAAUACUAAAGACUCUGUUCGAUGCGCACAAUGAUGAUCCAGAUUUCACUCCGCUUCCCGAAGAUAGGCCUGGUGGUUUUAAUUGGGGUCGGGCAGCCAAUGUUCAAUAGAAAAAAAAAAAAAAACCAUCAGAUUUUUUCUUACGACAAAAUCAACAAUAAUUUGCUGCAUUUAUGUUAUAUAUAGAGAUGAAAUAGAUUUUUGUAUUUCAAAUUGUCGUCUCUAUUCUUAAUAGAAGCAGCAAAUACUCCAUCUAUGUUUGUUAAUAUAUAUUUUUCGUAUUACAUAUUAUAUAUAUAUGAUAUAUAAGUGCGCAGUUGAUGUGGAAACUAUUUGUUGUAUAUUGUAAAUUGUAGUCUUUAAACAUUUUAUUAUAUAGUUUUGUUUUAUCUGCCGUCGACGUCGGUUUAUUAAAAUGAAAAUCUCAAAUACCGAUCAUACAUUACCAAUUAUGUAUCUCUUGUAUCAAUGAACAAGUAAUUGUUCAAGUAAUGUCGUUAGAAAAAAAAAUGGAAAGUGUAUAAGUUGUAUUUAAUUUUAUAAAUAUGCGCUACAAAGUAAAACGAGUCAUCAUAGUUAAAAAAUAAUAGCGUUGAUGUCACGUUUCUUUAGCGCUGUUCAUCAUCAAUGUAGCGUUUUGGAAUGUACAAAAAAAACACAUUAAAAAUUUAUAUUUGUUAAUGGUUGAAA